AUUUUGUUGUAUGAGGUGAGACUAGAACAGAAUUUGAUAUUGGGUAAAUCAUAUGCACAAUCAUUAAGAUUCAAGUGGUAUAGCCGUAGCCCCAGCAGUAUGUCUUGUCUCAGGCAGCAAGUAGAUGGCGUCUGACUACAACACAACCAAUACAGUGAUAGCUGAGUCACACAACUAGGUCCUACUGUGGCAACAGUAGCCUACAGAAACUGGUGUAGAGCCCUUUAGCGUCUGGCAUUUAUCGGGAAUCGUCUUGAAGAUGCUGUCGAUAACGUUGAAGACUCUUCAGCAGCAAACGUUUAAAAUAGAAAUAGAUCCAGAACUAACGGUAAAAUCCCUGAAGGAGAAGAUUGAGACUGAAAAAGGGAAGGAUGGCUAUCCAGCCACAGGGCAAAAGUUAAUCUACGCAGGCAAAAUCUUGAAUGAUGACAUACCUCUAAAAGACUACAGAAUUGAUGAGAACAACUUUCUGGUGGUCAUGGUUACAAAGCCCAAACCUCCAGCUACUCCACAGAUUGCUCCCCUGGCAGCCCCAGCCUCUACCCCUGCUCCUGCCCCUGCACCUCCUGCUGUUUCUGGGCUGUCCCUCUCUGACAUUGCCCGACCUACCUCAUCCCCUGCCCCCAUGGAGAUCUCCACCCUGUCCCCUACAUCCACACCUGCCCCUGCCUCAAGCCUCACACAAGCAAUGGAGUUCUUCACACCCCCUGCACCAGCCCCUGCUUCUAUUCCCCCUGCAGCCCUGGGGACGAGUGCAGCCCCAGCUGCAGCAGCAUCCUCCCACUCAGAGGUCAAGCCUGAGGGGGAGCACCCUGAACAGCCCUUUGCUACACCACCAGCCCUCUCCUCCUCCAGCCUUGUUGAUGACUUAAGUCUCCUGGAAGAAGCAGCGUCAAUACUGGUGACAGGACAGGCAUAUGAGAAUCUAGUGUCUGAAAUCAUGUCUAUGGGAUAUGAAAGGGAGCAGGUUAUUGCAGCGCUGCGAGCCAGUUACAACAACCCAGACAGAGCCGUGGAGUAUCUGCUAAUGGGGAUUCCAGCCGAGGCUGACCUUCUUCCACCGGAGGCGUUCCUACACACAGCUCUGGCCAACCUCAACCCCACUGCCCCUGCUCCAGCCACAGAUAGAGCCCAGCCCCCGCCAGCAGCCACAACAGGCGCAGUGUCUUCAACCCAGCAGCCCCUCUCACCUGGUGGGCUGACUGGUGGGCUUACUGGUGGUACUGGUGGAAGUACUGGGGAUGAGAACCCCCUGGAGUUUUUGAGGAACCAGCCACAGUUCCAGCAGAUGAGACAGGUCAUCCAGCAGAACCCAGCUCUCCUUCCUGCCCUGCUCCAGCAGCUAGGCAGAGACAACCCCCAGCUGCUGCAGCAAAUUACCCAGCACCAGGAGCGGUUUGUGCAGAUGCUGAACGAGCCCCAAGGAGGAGAGAUGGUAGAGGAGGGAGUUCAGUCCCAGGGGGCGCCACAGACUAACUACAUCCAGGUCACUCCACAAGAGAAGGAGGCCAUCGAGAGGUUAAAAGCCUUGGGAUUUCCAGAGGGACUUGUCAUUCAAGCAUAUUUCGCAUGUGAGAAGAACGAGAAUUUAGCUGCUAAUUUCCUGCUCCAACAAACAUUUGAUGACGAGUGAAUGUGCAUGCGUCAGCAUGAAGGGGAAGAAUGGAGGGCUAGAGAACGAGUGAUAGUGCUACAAAAUGUGAUUUGGAAGGAAGGAGUGGAAAAGGUUACCAAAAGUGACUUGUCAUUGGACAAAGGCAUGAUGUUUAGUUACUGUAAGCUAUGCCUUCUCCAUUCUCUCUGAGUAUGUUAGCUCUCAGUGGUCUCUCUUGCUCACUGCUGCUAUUACUGCUGCUAUCACUGCUGCUAUUACAGCUGCUAUCACUGCUGCUAUUACAGCUGCUAUCACUGCUGCUAUCACUGCUGCUAUCACUGCUGCUAUUACAGCUGCUAU